AUGGCCUCCAUCGUGAACCCGUCUCCGCUGACCUCCUUGAGUCCUCGGGUAGCUCCGAGCGCCGUGAGCCCUACCGGUCGGCUGCCCCUAGCUGCCCUCAUCACCCUCGCCGCAUCCUCCUCAUCCUCAUCAUCGUCCUCCUCCUCCUCCUUGGCUUCCAUCUCGCCCGAGUGGGAGAUCUUGAUGACCCCCGGCGCGGAUGCUCAGGGGAGCAGCAGCAGCAACACAGCACGUAGCAACUACAACAGUGUCAACUACAGCAGCAACAACUACAACAAUGUCAACUACAGCAGCAACAACUACAACAGUGUCAACUACAACAGCAACAACUACAGCAGCAACAACUACAACAGUGGCAACUACAGCGCCAGCAGCACGAGGAGGCUGCGCAGAGCCAUCUCAGAAAGCGACAAGGCCGUCAUCCUGGACCUCCACAACAACCUGCGGGGCCAGGUGUCCCCAUCGGCCUCGAACAUGGAGAUGUUAGUGUGGGACUCGGAGCUGGAACGUUCUGCCGAGCACUGGGCCGAGACGUGUCUGUGGGAGCACGGCCCCGCCGGGGAGCUCAGCCGCAUCGGCCAGAACCUGGGGGCGCACUGGGGCAGGUUUCGCCCCCCCACGUUCCAUGUGCAGGCGUGGUACGACGAGGUGCGGGACUACAGCUUCCCGUACCCGCACGAGUGCAAUCCCUGGUGCCCCUUCCGCUGCACAGGGCCCGUGUGCACCCACUACACGCAGCUCGUGUGGGCCACCUCCAGUCGGAUCGGCUGCGCCAUCAACCUGUGCUACAACAUGAACGUGUGGGGCCAGGUGUGGGCCCGUGCCGUCUACCUCGUCUGCAACUACGCCCCCAAGGCAAACUGGUGGGGGUCGGCCCCCUACAAGGUGGGGCGGCCGUGCUCGGAGUGCCCCCCCAGCUACGGAGGGGGCUGCCGGGACAACAUGUGCUUCUGGGGAGGGAGCGGCGAGCGGCCUCUGCCCGGGCCCGACACGGGCACCAAGGUGGAGGAGGAGGACGAGGAGACCGAGGAAGAGGAGGGCCCGAACGAGGUGGAGCCGACCCGGCCCGCUCGCACCACGACCACCGCGUCACCCCCCGUGGCCCCACCGGACGCGAGAGAAUUUGACAUUCGCGAAGUAAUAAGCGUAGAGGAAAUGACUCAGAAGGUCACGUGCGACACCAAGCUGCGCGAUCGCUGUAAGGGCACGCCGUGCAACAGGUACGAGUGCCCUGCGGGCUGUUUCUACAGCAGUGGCAAGGUGAUCGGCACCCUUUACUAUGACAUGCAAUCGAGCGUAUGCCGCGCCGCAAUGCAUUAUGGGAUUGUGGACAACGAGGGCGGCUGGGUGGACGUGACGCGCAACGGACGCAUCCCGUUCUUUGUGAAGUCGACCCGCGAGGGCAUCACCUCCAUCAGCAAGUACCGCCCCGCCAACUCCUUCACUGUGUUCCGCGUGACGGUGAAGGCCCUGGACUGUGUCACCACCGUGGGCCAACUGUGUCCGUACAGGAAACCAGCGACGCAUUGCCCCAGGGUUCACUGCCCCGCUCACUGCAUGCAGCACAACCCUCAUCAAGCGCGCGUCAUUGGCUCAACGAUCUACUCUGACCUGUCGAGCGCGUGCCGCGUGGCGGUGCAUGCCGGCGUGGUGCAGAACGCGCGCGGCGGCUACGUGGACCUGAUGCCCGUCGACAAGAAGUCUGAGUAUCUCGCCUCCUUCCAGAACGGCAUCUUCUCCGAGAGUUUGCAGAACCCCCCGGGAGGGAAGGCGUUCCGAGUGUUUGCCGUCAUCUGACCCCGUGACCCCGUGACCUGUGACUCUCUACGUACAACGAUGAAAUGCAACGAGCAGCGAUCGGCCUCGUGGGGAUUACGCGGCCACGACACCACAUUGACACCACACUCACCACACUCACCACACUCACACCACACUGACACCACACUCACCACACUCACCACACUCACCACACUCACACCACAUUGACACCACACUCACCACACUCACCACACUCACCACAUUGACACCACACUCACCACACUCACACCACACUCACCACAUUGACACCACACUCACAACAUUGACACCGCACUCACCACACUCACCACACUCACCACACUCACACCACACUCACCACAUUUACACCACACUCACAACAUUGACACCAAACUCACCACACUCACCACACUCACCACACUCCCACACCACACUCACCACAUUGACACCACACUCACCACACUCACCACACUCACCACAUUGACACCGCACUCACCACACUGACACCACACUCACCACAUUGACACCACACUCACCGCACUCACCACACUCACCACAUUGACACCGCACUCACCACACUCACCACACUCACCACAUUGACACCACACUCACCGCACUCACCACACUCACCACAUUGACACCACACUCACCACACUCACCACAUUGACACCACACUCACCACACUCACCACACUCACCACAUUGACACCACACUCACCGCACUCACCACACUCACCACAUUGACACCACACUCACCACACUCACCACACUCACCACACUCACCACAUUGACACCACACUCACCACACUCACCACACUCACCACACUCACCACAUUGACACCGCACUCACCACACUGACACCACACUCACCACACUCACCACACUCACCACAUUGACACCACACUCACCACACUCACCACACUCACCACACUCCCACACCACACUCACCACACUCACACCACACUGACGCCACACUCACCACAUUGACACCACACUCACCACAUUGACAUCACACUGACACCACACUCACCACACUCACCACACUCACCACACUCACACCACUCACCACACUCACACCACACUCACCACACUCACACCACACUGACACCACACUCACCACACUCACCACACUCACACCACACUCACCACACUCACACCACACUGACACCACACUCACCACACUCACCACACUCACACCACACUCACCACACUCACACCACAUUGACACCACACUCACCACACUCACCACACUCACCACAUUGACACCACACUCACCACACUCACACCACACUCACCACAUUGACACCACACUCACAACAUUGACACCAAACUCACCACACUCACCACACUCACCACACUCCCACACCACACUCACCACAUUGACACCACACUCACCACACUCACCACACUCACCACACUCCCACACCACACUCACCACAUUGACACCACACUCACCACACUCACCACAUUGACACUACACUCACCACAUUGACACCACACUCACCACACUCACCACACUCACCACAUUGACACUACACUCACCACAUUGACACCGCACUCACCACAUUGACACCGCACUCACCACAUUGACACCACACUCACCACACUCACCACAUUGACACCACACUCAACACACUCACCACACUCACCACAUUGACACCGCACUCACCACACUCACACCAUUGACACCACACUCACCACACUCACCACACUCACCACACUCACACCACACUCCCCACAUUGACACCGCACUCACCACACUCACCACAUUGACACCACACUCACCACACUCACCACACUCACCACACUCACCACAUUGACACUAGACUCACCACAUUGACACCACACUCACCACACUCACCACACUCACCACACUCACACCACACUCACCGCACUGACACCACACUGACACCACACUCACCACACUCACCACACUCACCACACUCACACCACUCACCACACUCACCACACUCACCACACUCACACCACUCACCACACUCACCACACUCACACCACACUCACCACACUCACACCACCCUGACACCACACUCACCACACUCACCACACUCACACCACACUGACACCACACUCACCACACUCACCACACUCACCACACUCACACCACAUUGACACCACACUCACCACACUCACCACACUCACCACAUUGACACCACACUCACCACACUCACACCACACUCACCACAUUGACACCACACUCACAACAUUGACACCGCACUCACCACACUCACCACACUCACCACACUCACACCACACUCACCACAUUGACACCACACUCACCACACUCACCACACUCACCACAUUGACACUAGACUCACCACAUUGACACCACACUCACCACACUCACCACACUCACCACACUCCCACACCACACUCACCACAUUGACACCACACUCACCACACUCACCACACUCACACCACUCACCACACUCACACCACACUCACCACACUCACACCACACUGACACCACACUCACCACACUCACCACACUCACACCACACUCACCACACUCACACCACACUGACACCACACUCACCACACUCACCACACUCACACCACACUCACCACACUCACACCACAUUGACACCACACUCACCACACUCACCACACUCACCACAUUGACACCACACUCACCACACUCACACCACACUCACCACAUUGACACCACACUCACAACAUUGACACCAAACUCACCACACUCACCACACUCACCACACUCCCACACCACACUCACCACAUUGACACCACACUCACCACACUCACCACACUCACCACACUCCCACACCACACUCACCACAUUGACACCACACUCACCACACUCACCACAUUGACACUACACUCACCACAUUGACACCACACUCACCACACUCACCACACUCACCACAUUGACACUACACUCACCACAUUGACACCGCACUCACCACAUUGACACCGCACUCACCACAUUGACACCACACUCACCACACUCACCACAUUGACACCACACUCAACACACUCACCACACUCACCACAUUGACACCGCACUCACCACACUCACACCAUUGACACCACACUCACCACACUCACCACACUCACCACACUCACACCACACUCCCCACAUUGACACCGCACUCACCACACUCACCACAUUGACACCACACUCACCACACUCACCACACUCACCACACUCACCACAUUGACACUAGACUCACCACAUUGACACCACACUCACCACACUGACACCACACUCACCACACUCACACCACACUCACCGCACUGACACCACACUGACACCAC